UCCUGUACUACCACCAUCACACACUUACUGGUACAGUCCUGUACUCACUCCUUCACACACUCACUGGUACAUUCCUGUACUACCACCAUCACACACUCACUGGUACAGUCCCGUACUCCCUCCAACACACACUCACUGGUACAGUCCUGUAUUCCCUCCAUCACACACUCACUGGUACAGUCCUGUACUACCACCAUCACACACUCACUGGUACAGUCCUGUAAUCCCUCCAUCACACACUCACUGGUAGAUUCCUGUACUUCCUCCAUCACACACUCACCGGUACAGUCCCGUACUCCCUCCAACACACACUCACUG